AUGUCAUUAGAUCCAUUAUUUCGACGAAUGACAAUGAUUGUUGCUGUGUUAGCUUUUACUGGCUUUUUACUUGGUGCUAUUUCAAUGGUAACUAAUUAUUGGACUAUUGGAAAUCUCCCACCAUCAGAUAUGCCAAUUCCAAUAGGAAAUGGAACUGUUAUUAACACUGAAAAUUUUGAUUUGGCAUGGAAUGGUUUAUUUAAAAUGUGUACAUCACGUGCUAAUGUUGCAUGUGUAACACAAUUUUGGAGAACAACAUUUAUAUUAUGUUUAUUAGGUUUAAUAUGUUUAUUAGUUGGUGGAAUAUUUUCUGUAUGCGAAAUGUUUAAAACAAGUGAUAGACGAUUUGCUAUACCAAUGUUAUAUUUUGUUGCUUGUGUUUUAAUGACAGCUGGACUUUUUGAUUAUGGAUCAAUGGCACGACUUAAUUAUCAUUCAUCACGUUUAAUGAUUUCUGCUAUUGUUUUUAAUUAUGCUGCUUUACCUAUGUCAGCUUUUAUUGCAGGUCGUUAUUCAGCAUAUGAUUGUUAUAUAAAUAAUGGUCAUGUUCAUAAUGGACAAAAAUAUGUACCUGCUGCAACAAAUGGAAAUUAA